CCAACCGUGCGACAACAUGACAUUUCCGCAUGUCAAUAAAAAACAGUGAAGCCAAGAAGAAGAAGUAGGUAGUUGAUGUGGAUGUGUGGACUCUACUGAGCUCUACUGGUUUCUUUUUUUCCUUUCUUUUGCUUCCCCAAGUGCUCGAAGUUAACAAGCAGACUUUCGGUCACAUGAUGCCCGAACAGACACCAGCUGCCAGGUGCUGCCUUUUCUCACGGAAACACUCCGGAGUCAUUUAAAAAAACAAAAAACGGAUUUGGAGCCCUAAAGGAGACUGAAGACUGAAGUGUACACAUGCUGAAAUUAAAGUCAAAGUUUGACCUGCACAGGGAUGUGGUGUCUGAUAUCCUCAGGAAGGAGGCGUCGGUCUGCAGGGUGAAAGAAUACUCUGGAGCAGUGGACACUCGUAUCCUGAACAUUGAGAGCGACGGGGGCAUCCUUUACUCCUGGAAGGGAGCAACAGGGACCACCAGAAUUGGGAAAUAUGACUCCAACACCAAACAGAACAAGCUCCUGUACACAUUCGACAAGCAGGUGUGUGUCAGCAGCUGUUCCCUGAACAAGGAGGAGACGCUGUUAGCUGUCAGCUUGGCACAAAACACCAGAGGAGAGGAGCGCCUCAAACCAAUAUCCAAGUGUCUAACUCUCCUGAUUGAGAUCCAUCCCAUCAAUAACACCAAAGUCCUCAAGGCAGUAGACUGCAGGGUCAAAGUGCAGUUCCUUCAUUCAGAAACUGACAAGAGAUCAGUGCUGGAGAGCCACCUCCUACUGCUGACUGAGGAUGGAUAUGUGGAUCUCUACCAUGUUCUGCUGACAAGACAGGAGGGUUAUAGAGUGGUGAUGGCGAAUCCCGAGCGUUUGUCCAAAACAGCUGAGAGAAUAGUGGAGGACUUCUGCUGGCUCCAGUGGGACGGACACACACAAAGACUCUACUAUCUCACUCAUAAUGCAACACACACACAGGACAAGUUCCUGAUGCGAUGUGUCCAGUUUUACCUCAACCAUAACUGUGAAAUUGUGUUGGAGCUCCCAUUAGAGUUGCCUGCUAAUCCUUUCCACACAGUCAAGUUUGUAAAUCUGGGUUUUGACCAUUAUCACAUAGAGAGACCAGAGCAGGAGCUUGUUAGGAUGGAAGUGUUCACCAACAGAAUAGGAAGCAUGUGUGUGUGCUACAGCCAACCACUUAAAGACAAACAAGAACUGAUCUACACUGUUGUGUUGGUUCACAAAGACUGCAGCAAGACGUUCAGAGUGUCUCUGGGCGGCGACCAGCCCCCACAGAAAGCCACACAGCUCCAUCCGCUCUUCAUCCCCAUAGGUUACUACAUCCUGGUGUAUCUGCAGGGUUAUUUCUUCCAUUGUAUCAACACCAGGCAGCAGGAGUUGCUCUGUCACUCCCUCUUUCUCUCAGGUCUUGACGUGGACUCGGGCCUGCAGGGUCAGUCGGCUAACAUGACAGUGUUGCAUGCAGAGGAAGAGUCUAGCGGCAGUUUGUUGGACCUGGCCAGUGGGAGGAUCCACACUGCUGAACUUAGCCCCGCCUACUUGCUGCAGAUACUGCGAUCAGACACUCCUAGGUGUCCCAGCAGUAAGACUGACCCUCAGCGCCUGGCUGCCCUCCACUGCCUGUUGGUUUACAUGGGAAAUGACCCAAACCUGGAGCUGAAGAUUAUUGAAUGGCUGUGUGACAACGUGAACGCCUUCGAAUCCUUUGAUCAGAUCCAAGAAUUUAUUCUAGCUUCUUUGUACAGAAUAAGUUAUGAGAAGUCUCUCAGCUUGGAUAAAGUCCUGCCCUACUCCUCUGUAUUUGACAAGAAGCAAUGCCCUUGCUGUGUCACUAUGGUGGUUUUGUUUGUUUGCGUGUGUGUGUGUGUGCAGGCCAGAAGUCUCCAGGGUUUCUGGUCGGAGCUGCAGUGGAACACAGAGAGGACAAAAUACCUAGAUGCUGUUCCCAACCCCAGAUACAGAACCUCACACAUAAAACGCGACUGGGAUAAACUGAGGUCCGAGAGGAGACCAUCCAGCCACAUGAAUCACAUGGAGGAGAACACAAAGAAGGUUCUAUCAAUGGUGGACACCUGGUGUCUUGGUAAGACGCUGGAGCUCAUCAGACACAUGCUGGAAUCAGUCUGGCUGAAGCAUAAACUCGGCCCUCAUGUUUUGUGCUUCACACAGCGGGGCAGUCCAGCCGAGUGGUCCGUGUUUCACUUCAUGUUUCGGAUCCUGGAAGCCACGAGAGGUCUCUGCCUGCCCCUCCCACCUGGCUAUCACACCCUGUUAGCAGUGUUUGCUGUGCGCUGCCUCCCUCAUCACACCUUCCUCCAGUACAUUGACCACGGUGUCCUGCAGCUCACUGAAACCUUUGUGUCUCGGCUCAUGACAGAUUUGGACAACAGUGAUGCCAAUGAGAGACUGAAGUUCAGCAUACUUAAGAGACUCCCUGAGCCUAUGGAGCAGACAAUCUACCACAUGUGGGAUCAUCCAGUCAGUUCAGCUUCAAUCUCCAGAGAUUAUGUCAGAACUCUGCUGGAGAAACACAACAAAAACAAGGGAUUUGCAUUCACCAGCAGAGACAAGCCGGGCUUCAGACCUGAGUUUCUGCCUCUUACCUAUCUGGCAAAAAUACUCUCUGAUAUAGAAGAACAAGCUCUGAACCCUUUCGAGGAGCAGGAGAACGUGGACGCCCGGUUCGUGGAGGAGACGGCUCUGAAACAGACACUAAUACAGCUGGGCUUUGAGGAAAAAUGAAGGAUGUGGAUGGGAGCGGAAGGAGCAGGGGAGGGACAGUGGAUGGAUGGAUUACGGUGGUAAACAGAUGAGGGGGAAAAUGCGUUUGAGGGAACAGUCAUCAUUGACUGGGCCUUGAGGACAAGUAACGGAUGGCUGGGUGAUGGAGGGCGAGAAGCGAAAGAUGAAUGGGGGGGGAUUGAAAGUCAGAGCGCUCAUAAACAACUGUUUGAUGACAAAUUAGGGUGGGGCGGAGGGACAGAUGGAUGGAGACGCCCAGAAAGGGAAGAUGGAAUAGGAGGCAGAGCGGAUGGGGAAAAAAUAGACCCUGCUUUUUUCCCCACCUCUUGUUUAGUAAAUACAAAAAUCACAGCAGCACCUUAUUUUUUACACAACACAACAAUGAUUGAGUAUCAAAAAUACUAACCCAACAGGGGGACACAGUUUGGAUCUUCAGCUGGUGGUUUGAUUUAAUUUGGGAAAACAUGCUUUUCAGAGUUUGAGUGGAAAUCAAUAACCGCAGGCAGCUAUUUAUAUGAACUCAUAUUUCUGUGGCGGCAACAAUUCUCUCCAGUGCCUCCGCGACCUCUCCGCUUUCUCUCGCGCAAAUUUAUGAACGCCGAUGUCAAAUACCGCAAACAGUAUUUAUAAAUCAAACGCGCUUGUUUAUCCUCCUGUGUUUCCUGUAAUGCUGCGCUGCACCCCAUCAACUUGAUUACGUGCUGACAAAAAAAAGGCCUUCGAAGACGGAGUAGCUUGAUACGGUCCGUCAGUGGCCGCUGUGCAUUAAAUCUGAUUUUAAGCACGAGUUAGACAGAAUCUUUGCAGCUGAAUAACUCCGGGAGACUGAGUGACACCGGCAAAGAUUUAAAAUUACAACCCCAAACGGAUAUUUAGAUGUUGAAAACUGAAUGUAAAGAUAAACGCAAACUCUUACUCUUCAGUGAUUGUUACCUCAUACCAAAACCAAACUGACAGGAUGUGUUCAUAAAGACAAGCAGAUGAGCCAGAAGGAGUUUAAAGCUGAGGAAUAUCACGAACAUGUCUGAAAUAUUCAGGAAAUUCACUGUUUGUUGCUGGAUGUCAGACAAUAAGGGCUGCUUGUCAUUUCAAUGUUUUGAUUCUGGUGCUGUUAAGAUACACGUUUCUGUACAAAAGGAUACCUUACUUUGAUACAUUAGAUGUGUUUUUCUACAGAACCCCAGUUAUCAAAUCUUAAAACAUCAGCAAGACAAAAGCAAUCCUACAAGAACUUAAAAAUAGUGUAAAAGUGGCCAAAUCAUGAUUUAAAGUGAGACUAUUUCACUUUUCAGUCCCCCCCAGGCUUUCACUGCAGCUUCUCUUGUUGCUUUAAGGUUGUUCUUUGGUAUUUUUUGCAAUGAAAUUGAGCGAGAAAGAGAUAACUGCAAAAAUAUUUAUGAAUAAUAAAUAGCAUAAUUUGUUAAAAAAUCAAAGACAACUUGUUCCAGUGAGAAUAAAAUCGCUCUGUUUGGAGGGUAAAUGUUAAACGUUUGUUCACACACGUCUGCGUCUUUGUAACCAGGAACAAUGCAGUGAGUCUAGUGACGUGGGGCUCAAUGACUGACAAUGACUGGUCACAUUUGCAGAAGAGUUGCGGUGACUGGACAAAAUUGCAACAGGGAUUUGUUGAAUUUGCAUUCAUUGUUGUGAUCGCAACAUCCCAACUUCCCGGAGGGGCUGACUUUUAAAAGAAGUAACACAUUCUAAGUACAAAAUGAUAUCUUACCUUAAUAAAUAGAAAUAUAAAAACUUUGGCUUACUAGUAUUGUAACUAGUGUGAUUGAGACUAUUUAAAAGACAAAAUAACACAUUCUUACUUGAGAAAAAGUUGGAUUCAUACGCAAUAAAACACUAUUGCUAAAUUCCGUACACUCAGGGUUUUGGUAUUGCUUAUUAUGUUAAAAAAACGUGAUACUGUCACUUCCUUUAAGCUAAGUUAUUGCGUCUCACUUUAAAUCAGGAACUAGCUGACCAAAGAAAAAGUAUCAUGAGGAUGAUUAAUCUGAUCAGCCAGCUUUCGUAUACAUAAGGGGAAAGGGCGGACUCAACCGACUUUAGUAACUUUAUUCAUAUGGCACAUUGCGAAAUCUGCCUACAAAAUGCUUUACAUACCAUAAAAUCAAACAAAGACAGUGCAGUGUGGAUAAUACGGAAAUAAUAACAAAGAAAAGCCUGACGUUCUUUAGUCUUCCUGCUCACACACACACACGCUCGAACGUCUGGUUUGAAUAAUGCGCCCAUGUGCCUUCAAUCAUGACUGAGCUCUAACUGUAAGUGGAGAAAUUCUUUGGUAGUGGGGCUGUGUGUAGCUUUCGUAAUCCUUUUCACGGCAGCUGAAUGUUGGCACCAUCUGUGACUAAACACCGGAGAUCAUUUACAUCUCAUGUCGAGCUUUGAUUCGAGAAAUUAAGAUUCCUCUGAAGAAAAAACAAAAAAACAAAAAAGGGAUUUCAUAAGGUUUAUUAUGUUUACACAAAAAAAAGUUUUGUAUGAUGAAUUGUGAAUAAAGAGAUUUUUACUGUA